AUGCGUCAUAUAUACAAUUGUGAACAAAUAUCAAUUCCACGUGCAGUAAGUUAUAAUGAUAUGAGCGAUUCAUCAUCGCAACAUAUUAUUAUGACAUCUGAUACUCGACAUUCAAGUUUUGAUGAUUCAAUUCCAACUCCAACUGUUAAAGGACAAUUUGAUUUUUCAUCAAAAGCCAGGCAACGACUUGAAUUAAUGCGUGAAAUGUAUUCAAAUGCUGCUGAUAUAUCACCAACAUCACCUGAUCAAAAUCUUGAAUCAAUAUUAACUGGUGAUAUGUCAACAUCUACAAUUCCAAAUGAUCCAUUUUAUGAUCGUUUUCCAUGGUUUCGACCAAUUGGAAGAGCAUUUGUUUAUUUAACAAAUCUUUUAUAUGGUAUACCAUUAGUACAAAAUGUUGCUAUUGUAUCUGAACGUGGUGAAAUAAAAGGUUAUUUAAAAGUAGCUGUACAACAAUUACAAACAACUGAUACAACAAAUGAACAAAUAAAAUUAAUGAGAACAUAUAGAAAUGCAAGUGGAAUGACAAAAAUUGUUUUUGAUGAUGAAAAUUAUUUUCAAUCAAUGAAAAGUUCAUCUACGACUGAUUUAAUAAAAGCAUGUGAUUCUUCGGAUUCAAAUUCUCGUUAUGUCGAAGGACAAUCUCAAUUUGGUCUUAAUGAUAUUUUACAACAAAAAACAAAUUCUGAUUCUUCAUCAUCAUUGAAUCCUUCUAAAGAAUCUCAAAUAAUGCUUAGAAAUGAUAUUUCAUCAAAUGAAUUUGUACCACAACUUGGUGUUGAAUAUCAAUUUCGUGUAACAGUUUUAGAAGCAUCACAAAUAUCAUCAGAUUAUGCUGAUAUUUUUUGUCAAUUUAAUUUUUUACAUCAACAUCAAGAAGCAUAUUCAACAGAACCACUUAAAAAUCAAGGCAAACCAGGACCACCAUUAGGAUUUUUUCAUGUACAAAAUUUUAGUGUUAUUGUAACACAUUCAUUUAUUGAUUAUCUUCGAACAAAACCAAUUGUAUUCGAAGUAAUGGGUCAUUAUCAAGAAUAUUUAGGUCCAAUAAAAAAUAAUUCAACAGUAACAAAAACAAAUCGUUCACAAACAACUACUGCAGCAUCAUUAACUUUUUCAAAACCAGUUCCUGCUCAAACACUUAAUCCAAUGACAGCUGUUAGUACAACAAAUCAAGUUCAUGCUACACAUGAUCUUCUUGUUUGGUAUGAAAUUUUUGAAUUAUCACCUACUGGAGAAUAUGCUGCUGCAACUGUUGAUCAUUCAGAUGAUGUUCCAUGUUCAGGUCGAUUUAUUCUUCAUCAAGGUAUUCAACGUCGUAUUGGAAUAACUCUUUGUCAUGAAUCUGGUUCUGAACUUAUUUGGAAAGAUGUUCAAGAAGUUGUUGUUGGUCGUAUUCGUGGUCAACGUGAUUCUGUAUUUGAUGAAUCUGAUGGCCAAGUAUUAUCAUUAAAUAUAAUUUCAUCUCAUUAUAUUCAAAAACAACAUGAUGAACGAACAUUUUAUCAUUUUGAAGUUGCAUGGGAUUCAUCAUUACAUAAUUCAUUAUUACUUAAUCGUUGUACAUCAAGUGGAAAUUCUGUUUAUUUAACUAUAUCAUCAUAUCUUGAAAUUGAAAAUUCAUUUCAACCAGCUAUAAUAACAAAAGAUCUUUGUCUUGUUUUAUAUCCACGUGGUGGAGAUUCAACAUCACGUAUACGUUCAUCAUUAAAAAAUUUUUUCUUAUCAACUAAUUCAAUAACAUCAUCAUUUAAUGAAACAAUAAAUGAACAUUCAAAUCGUGUAUCAGCUGUUUAUGAAUUAAAAUUACGACGUGCAACACCAAUGAAUAUUAUGGCACAAGAUUCAUCUAUGAUUAAUUCGGAUAUACAACGACGACAAAGAAAAAUAAUUGAUACAUCAAAAAUUUAUGUACGUGGUGAAGAAAUGUUAGAUGGUUGGAGACCAAGAAGUGAUUCAUUAAUUAUUGAACAUCAACAAGAUUUAGAAAAAUUAUAUAAAAUUGAAUGUGUUGAACAUACAAAACAUUUUCUACAAGUAAAAAAUCGUUUAGAAAAUCCUUUAUCAUCACCAAAUGAUAAUUCACCUGAAAAAAUUAAAUAUUCAUUAAAUACUAUUGAUCCAUUAAAAUCAAUUGAUAAUCGUCAACAAGAUUUACUUCGUCGAUGUGUAUCAAUGAUGUUACCACCACCUUUAAUUAUACAUAAAUUAGCUAUACCAGAAAUUGAAGUAACUACUGAUCGUUUAUUAUCGGAUGAUUUUGGAACAGUUCAUUCAUUACUUAAAUCAGCAUCAACAUAUUCAUUUAAUACACAACCAUUGCAUAUGAAUACGGCAAAUAUGAUUAAUUCAUUUAUUAAAGCAUCUUCUAGUAGUUCCGAUCUUUCAAGAUUUGCACAUUUGGAUCCAUCCUAUUCAAUAUCAUCAUUACAUCAUAUGGGUGGUAUGACUGGUUCGAUAUCACCUAGUAUGCCAAAAUCACGUUCAAUGGAAAGUUUAAUGAAUACAUCAGGUAUUGCAUUAAAAUACAUUCCAUCAAUUGAAGAAGUUCGUAUAUCACCUGUUGUAUCACGUCGUGGUUAUUUAAAUUUUCUGGAAGAAAAAGGAACUGGUUGGAUAAAAAAAUUUGUUGUUGUACGACGACCAUUUGCAUUUAUAUAUAAUCAUGAAAAAGAUCCUGUUGAACGUGCAUUAAUUAAUUUAGCUACAGCUCGUAUUGAAUUUAAUGAUGAAGAUGUAGCAAGUGGAACAAGAAGUGCUCGUAAUACAUUUUCUGUUGUAUCAAAAUAUCGUGGUUUUCUUAUUCAACCAUUAGUUGAAAAAGAUGUUCAUGAUUGGCUCUAUGCAUUUAAUCCAUUACUCGCUGGACAAAUAAAAUCUCGAUCAUCCGGUCGAUCAAAAGUAACUAUUGAAUAA